AUGGAUCCUUAUCAAAGCUCUGCAAAUAGGAGCAUGACUGUAAUGAAGAAUAAGAAAGUGGUCAUGAUUGGUGAAAGGAGAGGCAGUCUAUACUAUUUGAUUGUUAUUGUUCAGAAAAUUGCACAGGAGGAAGUUCACAUUGUAAAAUCAGAAACUGUGAAUUUAUGGCAUAAAAGGCUAGGGCAUCCUGCAGAGGGGAGUAUAAAGGAGCUGAUAAAGAAAGGGAUAAUUCAGGGAGCUUAUGAUAAGAACAACACUCCAUGUGAUGAAUGUAUUCUAGGAAAAUUCAAGAAGCUGCCUUAUCCAGCAGCUGAGGAGGUGGAGUAUUCAGAGCCAGCUACAUAUAGAGAUGAUAUGAACAGCAAGGAAUCAGAAAGUUGGAUGAAAGCCAUGAUAGAAUAA